AAUUCCAGCGAAGAAGAAAGAAAAAAAAAAGCGUAUUCCUCGUGAGCACUAACUUCUCACUCAUUCUUCUUCUUCAGCUGAAUCCAAAUACCCAUUUCCAUUUUUAACCGUGGUUGGAUUGUUUUGAGAGUUGAAGGAAGAAGAUGACGUCUGACGGAGCAACGUCGACGUCAGCUGCAGCUGCAGCAGCAGCGAUGGCGACGAGGAGGAAACCGUCGUGGAGAGAGAGGGAGAACAAUCGGAGAAGAGAGCGGCGGAGAAGAGCUGUUGCGGCGAAGAUUUAUACUGGUCUUAGAGCUCAAGGUAACUACAAUCUUCCAAAACAUUGUGACAACAAUGAGGUUCUUAAGGCUCUUUGUUCUGAAGCUGGUUGGGUUGUUGAAGAAGACGGAACUACUUAUCGCAAGGGACACAAGCCUCUACCUGGUGACAUGGCUGGAUCAUCUUCUCGAGCAACUCCUUACUCUUCCCAUAACCAAAGUCCUCUUUCUUCCACUUUUGAUAGCCCCAUCUUAUCUUACCAAGUCAGUCCUUCCUCUUCUUCAUUCCCGAGUCCUUCUCGAGUUGGUGAUCCACACAAUAUCUCCACAAUCUUCCCUUUCCUCAGGAAUGGUGGUAUUCCUUCAUCGCUUCCUCCACUUAGAAUCUCAAACAGUGCUCCUGUCACUCCACCAGUGUCAUCCCCAACUUCUAGAAACCCCAAACCAUUGCCUACUUGGGAAUCUUUUACCAAACAAUCCAUGUCCAUGGCUGCUAAACAGUCAAUGACUUCUUUGAACUACCCGUUUUAUGCGGUGUCUGCACCUGCCAGUCCUACUCAUCAUCGCCAGUUCCAUGCUCCGGCUACUAUACCUGAAUGUGAUGAGUCUGACUCUUCCACUGUUGAUUCUGGUCAUUGGAUAAGCUUUCAAAAGUUUGCACAACAACAGCCAUUCUCUGCCUCUAUGGUGCCAACCUCGCCUACCUUCAAUCUCGUGAAACCUGCACCACAGCAAUUGUCUCCAAACACAGCAGCAAUCCAAGAGAUUGGUCAAAGCUCCGAGUUUAAGUUUGAGAACAGCCAAGUUAAGCCAUGGGAAGGGGAGAGGAUCCAUGAUGUGGCUAUGGAGGAUCUAGAGCUCACGCUUGGAAAUGGUAAAGCUCAUAGUUGAGAUGAAGUAUACAUGAACCUGUUAUGUCAUGUCGGAAGGAAGGAUUGGAGAAUGAGAAUUAGUGUGUUGUUCAUUCAGUUCAUGGUUUUGGUUCUUGUUCUAGAAUCGAUAUUCAUUGUACCAGUGAGUUUGUUUCACAACGCAUUAUUUGUAGAUAGAAUGUUUAAGAUGUAUGUUUCUAUUAUCAUUCCUUUUAGGUCUUGAAAACAUUACAAAUAUAUUACAUGAUUAAGUGGCUUGAAAUGUAAAUUAUAUAUCGGAUGAUGAAACAGAGAAAAACAAGUGAGGCUAAAACAAAGACUUGGGAUGUAAUAACAAGAUCAGAGAGGUUAAGAAAGAAAAAAAAGACUUGCGAUUUUAGCCAUAAGAUACACAAAAAUUCAUAAUACAAAGAGGAAAGUAGAAGGCAUGAAGCAGUAAACAUUGGAAAAGGGAGAAAUAUAUUAGAAUCACAAAUGUCAAGAAACUCGGAAAGUUUUUUUUAGCCUAUCUGCUUUUCAGGUGAAUCAUUCAGAACCAUCGGGGAAGCUAUCAAGCGCGUCUUGCUUACCGUUAACGUAGAACUCAACGACGGCUUGCAUUCUAUUGAGCUUAUCUGGAUGGUAAUUCACAUGAACAAUCACUGGUUUCACUUUCUUCUUCAGUUCAUGAUUCUUUCUUACAGUCUUGAAAAGGACCUUACUGUUCAUAAACUCAUACAUAUCCAUGACUCUCUUGGAUGCAUGUAGCGCAGUGUACUCAGGAUGUGAAGGAUAAAACAGUUCCUCGUUGAAAACCGCUUGGUCCCACACUUUAGCCUUAGAGAGUCUAUCUGCCACGCGAUCAAGCAGCUCGAUUGAUGGAAUUGUAGGCCUCAAAUAGAAAAACCCGGAAUUGAAAACCCAUAUCCUCAUAGUGUGAGCAUACCGAGCCCAUCCCAUGGCUGGUUCAUCAAACACAUCAUUGAACCCAUAAGCCGUAUGAUUGUCAUGGCCAUCACUCAUUGACUCCACAUCAGAGUCUCUGUAUAGAUGACUAAAUGGGUUCUGCAAGAAGACAAUGUCCACAUCCG